AACCCCAUUGAGGGAACCCACGUGUGCUGGAGGUGGCGGCUCUACGCUGGGCUUAGCUGCCAGAGGGCCUGGAGGGGGUGGGGUGGGGGCGGGUCUGAAGAGGUAGAGAUACCAUCUCUGCUCCGCGUGAAGAGCAUUAUGACUUGGAGGCAAGGAAGUGAAGAGUCUGCAGGGCAAAGAAAAGUAAAUGAUGAAGAACUGGAAAGAGACGGAGGGGACUUCUUAGCACUGGCAUAAGCAAAGGAGCUUGGCUUCUACCAUGCCCCCUGGCAGAAGAGGAAAACAGUGAGGAGAGUGAUUGGGCACCAGGUUGUAGCUGAAGUUCAUCUUCUGCCUUUGCACAGCUGGAGAGCAUUGCAGAAUCUGUGAGGGAUACCUAGGUACAGGGCAUGGGCAUCAAAGAAUUCUAUUCAGGGGUAAGUCCAUCCACCAUAGUCCCUUCAACGGCAACCCCUCCAACACGACUAUCCCACUUCACCAUUGCGGACUAUGCAGUAUGUGUACUGUUGUUGGUGUUAUCGCUUGCAAUCGGGCUGUUCUAUGCACGUCAGGGCAGGGGCCAGAACACAGUCCGCCACUUCCUGUUGGCUAACCGUAGCAUGGGCUUCCUACCUGUGGCACUGUCUCUACUUGCCACCUUUCAGUCAGCUGUGGCCCUGCUAGGAGUUCCUGGGGAGAUUUACCGUUCUGGCACUGAGUAUUGGUUCCUAGGCUGCUCCUACUUCCUAGGUCUGCUAGUGCCUGCCCAUAUCUUCAUACCCAUCUUCUACCGACUGAAUAUCUCCAGUGCUUAUGAGUACCUGGAGCUUCGAUUCAGCAAGGCUGUGCGACUGUGUGGAACCCUAACUUUCAUCUUUCAGAUGGUGAUCUACAUGGGUGUUGUUCUUUAUGCCCCAGCCUUGGCACUCAAUGCAGUGACAGGCUUUCAUCUGUGGGGCUCAGUGCUGGCUCUAGGCAUUGUGUGUACUAUCUAUACUAGUCUGGGUGGGCUGAAGGCAGUCAUUUGGACAGAUGUGUUCCAGACAGUGGUCAUGUUACUGGGGCAGCUAGCUGUCGUCAUCGUGGGGGCUGCCAAGGUGGGCGGCUUGGGGCGUGUUUGGGAUGUGGCUUCACAGCAUGACCAUAUCUCUGGGAUUGACCUGAAUCCAGACCCAUUUGUGCGGCACACCUUCUGGACUCUGAGUUUUGGGGGAGUCUUUAUGAUGCUCUCCUUAUAUGGAGUAAACCAGGCCCAAGUACAGCGCUACCUCAGCUCCCGCAAUGAAAAGACUGCCAUUCUGUCCUGCUAUGCUGUAUUCCCCUGCCAGCAAGUGGUACUCUGCAUUGGCUGCCUCAUUGGUCUCGUCAUGUUCGUCUAUUACCUCGACCACCCCCUAGCCCCAGAGCAGGCUGAAGUCUCCUCUGACCAGAUGGUCCUGUACUUUGUGAUGGACAUCUUGGGCGAGCUGCCUGGCUUACCUGGACUCUUUGUUGCCUGUCUCUUCAGUGGUUCUCUCAGCACUAUCUCCUCAGCUUUCAAUUCACUCGCAACAGUCACCAUAGAAGAUCUGAUCCGACCCCACUUCCCCGAAAUCUCAGAGAAGCGUGCCACCUUGAUUUCCAAGGUCCUUGGUGUAGCCUAUGGUGUGGUAUGUCUUGGAAUGGCCUAUGUCUCCUCCUUAAUGGGGCCUGUGCUGCAGGCAGCAAUAAGCAUCUUUGGGAUGGUUGGGGGACCUCUGCUUGGACUCUUCUGCCUUGGCAUUUUCUUUCCUUGUGCCAACUCAGCUGGUGCAGUGGUGGGUCUGCUGGCUGGACUCAUCAUGGCCUUCUGGAUUGGCAUCGGGAGUAUGGUGAGCAGCAUGACCUCAAGUACAGUACUCCCUCCCCACAAUGGUACUGGCUUCCUCUCACAUAGAAACACGACAGUUGUCACUAUGACCACAUUGAUGCCCUCAGCAGUGUCCAGGCCCACGGGACUGCAGCGAUUCUACAACCUGUCCUACUUAUGGUACAGUGCACACAAUUCCACCACAGUCAUUGUCGUGGGACUGCUUGUCAGUCUCCUCACUGGUGGAACAAGGAGACAGCCCCCAAACCCUCGGACAAUUUACCCAGUGUUGCCACGACUGUUUGCCUUCCUGCCCAGAUCCUGUUGGGACUGUCUGCCCUGCCAGGGCUAUAGUGAAGAGGUCUCCUAUAAGACAGAUAAAGUACCAGAGAAGAUAAGCAAUGGAAAGCUGACUGGCUGUGGGGAAGAGGAAGUGGUGGUGGUAGUACCUGAGCAAGGCCAUAUCCAGGGGGACCAUGGUCAUGCCUUCAUACUACACGAGACAUCACUGUGACCUGGGAGCAGAACAGAAUCCAGUUGUCUCUGACUCUCCCUCUACCCACGAGGCAAACACAUCAACCCCCUCUCCCAGUAAACCAAGAGCAAACCUGUGUCUAUUCCAGCAGGGUUAUCUGAGCCCGGUGACCCAGUAUGCACCCAAGGACCUUCUGACCACAUGAUGUACUCUAUACAAUAGCUGGAGCCAUGAUUUCCUGUCACUCACCAUCGUGUUAUUUCUGAUUAUUAUUGGACUUUGUCAUGCCCUUAAGCAGAAAGUAGUCUGUAACACAAGAGGAGCCAAUAUUUUGUCUUCAGGGAAGGCCUUCUUCAGGGAGAUUAAAAGGGAUCUUGUGGGAGACCAGUUUAGCUUAAAACCCUCCAACUUCCUCCAACCCCAGCUCCAGACAGAGGUUGAGAAGAAACCAUGGUCCCUCAGAGCUCCCACGGGUGGAAAACUCAUCUGCUUUGCUCCUGUUGCUAAUUAGAACUAAAGAGUUUAUUAGGUCCUGUUAGACUGGUAGGGGAAGCUUCUAGCACACUCUACAGGAGCAAGUAGGGAUAGGACAGGCUGUGACUGGCUGGCUACCUCCUGCCCUCUAACUGAUCUUGGGCUCACGCUACUUGUGCCAUCCCACCUGAAUGUCAUUCUGCCUCUUGCUGAGGCUUUUUCACAUACCCAUUUGCCCUGGGGAAUACAGUUCUUUUACCUGGACUUAUCUAGCCUCUUCUUUAUUGCAGCUGUCCUGUGCCCACCCUGAAGACGCCUCUCUUUAUGGUGUAGCAUAUCUGACAGAUCCUUCUUUGCCUGUCUGCCCUGGCACCAAAAUCUGACACAAUGGGAAUUCCAUCUGGGGAACUUUUCUUCUUGAAAAGCAGUCACUGGGAAACUCACUUUUCUCAGGUCCCCGUUAUCUCUUGCUCCUUCCAUUGCCCAGCCUUCCUUUGCACACCCUCCUCCUCACCUUUGUCAGCCACGGCUCAAUCCUACCUUGCUCUGGUAAGUAGGAGCUUGUAGGGGCUAGGCUGCACUUGGAGGGGUGUCCUCUGGCACCUGUGAUGAGGUUUAAAAGGGUCAUUUCUAAGCCCCUCAACAGAGCUCUUGGACCCCAAAGGAGAGUAUGACAAUCAGAUCCUGAAAGUACUGGGUUGGGCAAGGUCAGGGGCCUCUCUCCACCACUCUGCCUCUGACCUGGUUCACCUCUACCAUCUCUGCCUUCUCUCUCAGGAAAAAGAGUUUGUGUAGUGUAUGGCACUGCCUCAGAGUAAGGGGUCUAUGCCUCUCUUCUUGCAACACGAAGAAAUAUUUACCAAGGAGGUCAAGGGAGAAAUAGGCAGUUGAACAGUCUAAGCUAGCUCAUUCUGAUUCUUCUGUUAUUCCCUGGAAAGAUUGUUCCCCUGUCCUUCAUCCCUGGAGUGUACAUUCCCAGACUUCUUUUCUCCCGUUUGACAAUCCUCACUCUACCCCCCUUUCUUCCCCUCCCCCACCCCCGCCCCAGCCAUUUCAUCCCAAUGAAGAAGACAUUGCUAUUCAACUUUUAAAAAUAGAAUAUUUGAGCAGGACUUUUAUGGUCUUGGAGUGAGGAACACUGUGCUCACACCCUCCUCCCACACCUGGACACUCCACAGCCCCCAAUUCCCUCCCACCCCCAGUGCAGCUGCCUGAGAAGCAACUCCAUCCAAGCUCCCCAUAGCCUGGUCCGAAGUGGAUUUAUGAGUUUAGCCUUGGCUGAGGCCUCCUUCUCAUGGCUUCCAGCCAUGUCUCAACUGCUUCUCCACAUCCUGGGCAGCCUCAGACCUCACACCCUCCCUGUUUCCUCUUCUACCCCACCUCAAUUUGAUCUUUCCUCUCCAGCCUUAUUCUCUUCUGUGCCCCUGACCCCCAAACUUGUAGCUCUGCAGCUCUUCAACCUAGAAUCCAAGUGUAUGGCCACUUUUGUCUUAAGUACUGAAAUAAAUAUACCUUAGUAUUCCCAUGA